AUGGAUAGUAGGAAUAAGACACUCAUAGACUUUCUAGUUGCUUCAGGGGGACAGGUGGUAUUUUUAAAAUCGAUUGAUGCCUUAGAUGAAGUGAAAAAUGCAGAAACCUUGUGCAACAUGUUGGAUGAGGUGGUGACUGAAGUGGGAGUGCAAAAUCUUGUUCAGGUUGUGACCGAUAAUGCAGCUGCAUAUGUGGCAGCCGGUAAACUUCUACAAGCUAGGCAUCCGACAUUAUUUUGGAGCCAUUGUGUUGCUCAUUGCCUUGAUUUACUUCUCGAGGACAUAGGGAAACUUAGUUGGGCGAAGAAUGUGGUUGAAGAUGGAAGGGAAAUUACAAAGUACAUCUACAACCACACAUGGGUCUUGGAGCUUAAGAGACAACACACUGAUGGUAAGGAUCUUGUGCGUUCAAGAGUCACACGGCUUGCCACGAAUUUCCUCAACUUACAGAGCAUAUUACAUGCAUUGCCCAACCUGAAGAGGAUGUUUGUGAGUGAAAGAUGGUUGGAGAAUCCUUAUUGUAGGAAGCUUGAAGCAGAGAAGGUCGUAAAGGCCGUUUUUGAUGAUAGCUUUGACAAACUCAUGGAGGAGAUCAUCAAUUUGUCAGAGCUGACCAAAUAUGAAGCCAUAUGGCGCAUAAUUGAUCGAAGGUGGAACCGACAACUCCACCAACAUAUCCAUGCUGCUGCCUACUAUUUGAACCCCAAGUUCUUUUACUCCCGCACUUUCAAAAUAGAUGAGGAGGUUCAACUUGGCCUUGACACAUGUAUUCAGAGGUUGGUUCCUGAUGAAAAUAUUCAAGACCUCAUUGUUGAUGAGUAG